CUCACACACACACAUUGACAUUUCUUCAAGAAAAACUCAACACAAUUUACAAACCCCAAACAAAAAAUUUCUUGGUUCAAACUGCUAAUCACUCAAUUGGGUCCAUUUUAUCACAAUUUUCUUGAUUCAAACAACUCAUCAUACAAUUGUGUCAAUUUAAUCACAAAUUUUUCUAUGGGAAAUUUAACUUCAUGCACUAUUAUACCAACGAUCAAGAAUUCCAAAGCAGCUAGAGUAGUUCUACCAUGUGGACAAAUCAGGCAAUUUCGUGAACACGUAAAAGCAGCAGAAAUCAUGUUAGAAAAUCCAAAUUAUUUCUUGGUUAAUUCAAGUUCAUUGAAUAUUGGUCGUAGAUUUUCAGCUUUAUCUGCAGAUGAAGAUUUGGAAUUUGGAAAUGUUUAUAUUAUGUUUCCAAUGAAGAGAGUUAAUUCAGUUGUGACAGCUUCUGAUAUGACCAUGCUUUUAUUGGCUGCUAAUUCUGCUCCUAAGAGAAUUUCUAAUGGAAAUGUUAAGAUAUCGCCGGAGUCAACGCCUGAGUCGACGCCGGAGUCAAUGCCGGAGUCAACGCCGGAAAAUGAAGUGUUUCCGGUGGGGCAAGAAAUGAAGUAUAGGUUGUCAUGUAGAUCAAAGAAGCCUUCAUUGGAGACAAUUAUGGAAGAGCCCGUUUGUUCAAGAUGAUAAUUUUAAUUGUUUUGGUGAAAAAAAGAAAUUUUAGAAGAGAGUUUUUUUUAGAGAUAUAGUGUGAAAAGAAAGAUAUUUUACAUUAUA